AUGAAUAUACGAAGGAAUCUGCAUUUAGAUAAAGAUGAAAAUGGCAAGAUAAAGAAGUAUGCUGCAGAAUAUACAUUAGAACCGGCUGAUCGUCGAGCAUUUUGUGAAUUUUUGAAGUCUAUAAAAUUUCCGGAUGGUUAUGCUGCUAAUAUAUCACGAAAUGUCAAAGAUGGGAAGAUCUCAGAUUUGGAUAGAUUGGAGGUUGACAUUGUGGUCAUUUUAUGCAAACUUGAGAAAAUAUUUCCACCUGUCUUUUUUGAUGUCAUGGUUCAUUUGGCCCUUCAUUUACCACGUGAGGCCAAACUUGGGGGACCUGUAGGAUAUCGUUGGAUGUACCCGAUAGAGAGGAUGCUAGGGAAGUUAAAGGGCUAUGUACGUAAUAGAGCUAGACCCGAAGGUUCAAUUGUUGAGGGAUACAUUGCAAAUGAAGCGUUAACUUUUUGUUCAAUGUAUUUUCGUAAUGUGGAGACUGUUUUCUCUCGUCCUGAACGAAAUGAUGAUGGUGGCAAAGCCAAUUCUAAGCUCUCGGAGAAAUGGAACCAAUUUAUUGGUAUAUCUUGGACAAUUGCGAGGAAAUUGAACCAUUUAGAAAGUAUUGAGCAUCGUCAAAUAUUAGAGCGUGAAAGCCUGUUUAACAUAGAACAGAGACAUAGGCAGUCGUUUCCCCAAUGGUUCAAGCAUCAUGUCAAAGCAUUGUAUAGUGAGGAAUCAACAUUGGUGACUAAAGAAGUGUGUGCAUUAUCAUAUGGUCCUGAUGAAAGAGUUUGUACGUAUACAGGAUGUGUUGUGAACGGAAUUCGGUGGCAUGUCCAAGAUAUAGAAGAAACUCGUACAACUCAAAAUAGUGGGGUCAUGCGAAAGAAAAAGAUUGUUAGGCUUGUUCAUGAUUACCAUCUCACGUCAGUGAACUCAAUGAAUUUAUGGUACAAAGAUGAUCCUUAUGUGCUAGCAAAACAAGCACAGCAGAUCUUUUUCCUUGAUGACCCAUCCUUGGGUCAUGGUAGGAAGGUAAUUCAAAAAAUUCCACAUAGACAUGUGUGGGAUGUUCCUGAGAAUGAGGUGGCUCACGAGGCAGAAACACUCUACGACGAUGGUGUGGACCAAACUGCACAUAUUAGUGUUAGACAUGCACCAGAAGAUAAUGAUCUACUCAGUCCAUCACUUCAUAGAGAGUAUGUUGAACCUGAAAUAGUUGUCGAAUAUAUUAAUUUUGAACAUGUCUCAAAUGAUAUGGAGGAUGAAGAUUUUAUUGAUGAUGAUGAUAUUGAAGAAAUACCUUCGGGUGAUGAUGAAGGCAGUGUUCACAGUGACGAUUAUAGUGAUUUGGAUUGA